UUCACUCGCUCUCUAUAUGUAUAUCUGUAUCUAUCUCUCUCUCUCUAACCAUGGUCACCCUCUCCAAAUAUAAGAUAUAGUAAGAGUACAGAUAAAAUAAAAGGUGGUAGAUGCAUGAGUUAAACACCAACCACUAUUGUAGUAUAAUGUCUCUAUCUUUCUCCCUCUCUAUUCUCACCACCUUCCCUUUGUAAUCCACCAUCCCACGCCCACCCACCGCCGCCUAAGUUGAUUUUUGGCCUCAGUUUUCACAAACCACAAACUAUUGGGUUUUCCCCUUUUAUUUUGUCCUGUUUAUUUCAGAAAGUUAUUAGAUAACUUAAUAUUCCGCCUAUUAGGGAUACUGAAACGGCCAUGGUGAGCAUUCGAAGGCGCAAGCUCUUAGGACUCUGUUCAGAUGAUAACACAGGGCGGAAUUCUUCAGUGGCUCCACUUUCCAAGUCUGAGCAUGGACAGCAUCCCGAAAAUCUUGUGGAUAACACAAAACCAGUCAGGGUUCACCCCAUGGUUUUAGAUGAUAUUGACCCACCAAAGGAGAAAAUUUCUGUGGAACUUGGGCCUGGUUCAUCAAACGUGCCUGCUUCCAGACCAUUAAAAGAGCAUCCUAUUCAUCAAUUCCCAGAGGUUAAACGCAGAAAGCGGCACAGGAGAAAACACGUUGAAAACCAAGAACAGUGUAUUAUGAGGGGUGUCUAUUUCAAGAAUAUGAAAUGGCAAGCUGCAAUCAAGGUUGACAAGAAACAGAUCCACCUGGGAACUGUUGGUUCUCAAGAAGAGGCUGCUAGGCUUUAUGACAGGGCCGCAUUCAUGUGUGGAAGGGAACCCAACUUUGAGCUCUCAGAGAACGAAAAACAGGAACUUGGGAAAUUUAACUGGGACGAAUUCUUAGCUUUUACUCGUUCUGCAAUUACUAACAAGAAAAGCCAGAGAAGAACUGGGCCAGGUUCUCAAAGAAAACUCGAUUCCAAUGAUUGGGAGGGUGAGCAAGGAAACAAUGGUUUCUCGGCCUCAAUAGUCAACUUGUUUGUCCCUUGAUUUCCCCUUUCUCAAGGACAGGCUGAAUAAUUUUUAAAAAUUAUUUUUCUUCAUCCAGCCUUUUUAAUUCUAUUCAAUUCUUGGUAUAUAUGAAGCCCCUAUUAAGGCAGCUGAUGUGAAAUUUUCGAACUAUAAUGCAUUUGGCUAAACAUAUGCAUUGGUAUGAUCAUUUUGUUAAGGUGUUUAAAUCAUAUAGGUUUUGUUAUCAUU